UAUUAAGUAUAUACAGUGUUCCACCAAGGAAGUGAUUAAUCCUGUGAUCAACCGAUCACCAGAGAGUGUGUGCAAACAUUACAUAAAGUAAAAAGUUUCUGUAACAAUAACCUGAUCCUAGCAAUAUUUCGUCAUCAAGUUAUAAACCUCAACACAAGCGAACCACCACAUACAACUUCGGCUGACCGCACAAGAGGUCCACUUGACUGAUAAUAAUGAUAUAUUAUGUGGCAACGAAACCAGAGGGGCCAAAUGUUGGCUGACUUCAUGGAGAGGGGGGGAGGGUUCUCUUUAUGAUGAACUCCUUCUUUAGGAAGCCGCCACAGAGGAAAUGGACCUGGAUGAGUCCUGAUGGUCCCACAAAAAACUAGAUAUAUUUCAUCAUGUCUACCAAACGGUAUAUAUUCAAUGAUGUCUCUAUGAUCGACAGGGUCAAAACCGGUAGUGAUCACCGAAUGGUAAGGUUGAAUAUCAACUUACAGCUGGAACGGUACAAACUAGUAAAAUCUACGCUCCAACCGACUCGUGCCCAAAUCCAAAACCCCGAGAGCUUUUAACCGGAAUUACAGAACCGCUUCAAUUGCCUAGCAAAUUGCGUUGAUGUGGACGAUCUAAACAACAGGCUUGUGGAAACUGUCCUUACGGUCGGGUCUAUGUUUUAAAACCCACCGUACAAUUAAUCAAGCUACAAUUACAAUUACAAAUAAACUUGGACAGAUCGCGAUGCGCUCACGAUUUACUGGAAGUGACCGCAAAGGACCACAACUUUGACAUAGCAAUAGUUGCGGAACCUAAUAAAGAUAGCUGCUAGCCGAGAGUUGAUUACACACAACAGAGAAGAUGCAACUUUUAUCAUAUAAAACAAACGAUUGCAGACGAAAGAAGUGGCAAAGGGUAACGGUUUCAUUGCUGUAGUUAUCUCUGGAAUAACGAUAUACAUAUAGGGGAAAGAUUUGAUUAUUUGUUUGUUUGCAUUGAAUAAACAAUGACUAUUCAAAUGUUUGACUCUGUGAUCGUCGAAAAACUACAAUUUCAAACAAAUAUCUAGCGCCUAAGCCAACGCAAACACGAAAUUAACGACGAAACGUCUGAUGAUGACAAUAAAGAUAAAUUUACGACUCUAAUAUCGGAACCACGAAGAUCAACGAGAGUGCAUACGGUUCUAUACUGAGCAGGGACUAAUGUGUUGAUAUCGGAACUCCUUUAAUAUUUCUUUACAUUUUAUCUUCCAUUUUAAAAUAUCUAGUUUAAACUUAUGUCAUAUUAAAUGACAAUCUUGUGUGUAUGUAAUAUUUUUAUUACCUCAUAUCUUCCAAACCGCUAAACGGAUUAACGUAAUUAAGAUAUCGUUAGAUUUGUCUUAACUUAACCCAAAACGUUAAAAAAAAACAACACCAUAAUAUUGAGAUAUGAGUAUCAUGUUCAAGGGCACAUGAAAAGGAUUUUAAAACGCUAUUUCUUAAUCGCUGUACAAAAUACGCGAGGUGGAUGACUAGGUGCGAGGAGGUCAGGCAGUCAGGUUUUUUAAUUUUUUUGUUGAAUGAUUCAAUUCGGACCUUUCAUUCGAAAAAAAAAAUUGCCCAGUCGCCGCUCAACUUAAAAACAACUGAACCGAUUUGACAGAAAAUUUGUAGGAAGGUAGGUUAGAACCAGGAUACUUAGGGAAGAAGUGUACAUACGUCAAAGCGAAGGUUGACCGAAUCAGUUAUAAAUUAUAAAUGGUCUAUAAUUUUCCAUUACAGAAUUCUUCGAAAAAUCGGGCAACCAAGAGAGCGACGGUCCAGGAAUGCUUUAAACGUAAGCGUAAACGCACAGAGAUUUUAUGUAAGCACACAAAAUGUUACUUAUUGUACUAUUAUUCUUUAUGACAUAGUAUGUAAUCAAUGUAUGUUAUAUAGUGGUUGUUCUUAAUCGGGGUUGUAACGCAGGUUUUCUUUAUAUUGAAUUGUAAAAGAUGAAAAUGUCCACACUUGACAUAAAGUUAGUCACCCACAAUACUUGCUCGCACCACUAUUCGAACAUUAAGCAGCCACAUUAAAUUCCUAAUAUAUGUCGCCGCGGAAGCGUCUCUCCUAGAAAUUAAUAACCUGAUCCUCCUAUUAAUUAUGUUUUUCUCUCGUUGAUUAUUAUAAUUAUUAUUUUUCGUAUUAUUAUUGUUAAUCUCAUGAUUUUGCAAUCACAAUAAUGUUAUAUCUUGAUUUAACUAAUAAAAAGUCUCUCAGCAGGCAGGUCAUCUCCUCCCGGACAAAAAUCCAGGUGGGGGUACGGGCCUCGAGGCUAUGCCUCCUUGCCCGGGUAAGGCGCGGGGAUCUUGUUCCUCCGGUCAUGUUCUUCCAGCCCCUUUCGGGGCUGAGACCUUUCUGCCUAAGGACGACGAUGUCAAUCAUGUGCCCCGCGCGGACUGCAAUUACUCGCUAUCCUGCGCUGGGGCGGUGUCAAGUCCGGUAUGUGCGUCAUCCAUCUCGUCGCCAUCUUCGUCGCCGUGAGCGUCUGCGCCUGCAGGUUCGGCCACUAGAAGGAGCUCGCGAGGUAGGGGACGCUCGUUCGGCGGUCUCUCGAUCAAUAAGGGACGUUUACCUUCUUCUCGACGAAUAGUAGACUAUUACGUAACUCCGGGCCAAUAGCGGGCGAUCGAAUGAUCGAACGAGAAGGCGCGCAACCGUUCGCGUGGCAAGGUAUGGAGAAAAAAGAGGGCAGUAAGUGUGGGAGACUUGUAAUCGCGUCUUUCGGAUGGAAGGUCGUUUUUCCAUAGUGAUUAAACUUUUAAACUUAUAAUAUAGUGAAGUUAAAAUUAAAACGAUAAAGUGAAGUUACAUUUGUGUUUUCUUUCGGAAAAAAAUAGUGAAAAUUACACAAGCAGUGAAUAGUGGGUAGAUUAUGAGUAGCGAACCCAAAGGAAACGGUAGGACCGAUGACCAUGUUCAGGUCAGCGGUUUUGCCGGUAUUUUUUUCAAUGAGGAUACGGUUCCUCUGAUCUCAGAAGUGGGAUCGCACCAGCAAUCCCUUUCUGCCAGAUCUGCAUCAAAUCCUGACAUCGAUAACGAAAGUGCAACGGUUCCACCCACCGACGGGUUGGGGCAAAGUGGCCUUGCUAUGAACCAGCAGGCUGGGAGUGUUCCUGGUGCCCAGCUUUCACAUCCGUCCCGCCGGAAUUCUUCGCACACAUGCUGACAAUGAUGCACAGCAUGAGCGAGCGACUGAUGCGUCAGCCGAGCGACAAAGUCAAGAUAGUAGACGUAUUUCUACCUUCAUACGACCCGGAUGGCAACGUCUUCGGUGUACGUGAGUGGUGUUAACAUAUUUCUACAGCUAAAACUAACUAUCAGAUCAACGAUUAUGAUAUUCGCAUGAAAGUAACGAGUCUACUCAAAGGUCGUGCUAAAGUAUGGGCUGAUAAUUGGUUGGUUACGACAUCCACUUGGGAAGAGCUCCGACAAAUUAUCAUUAGUACGUUUGAACCCGAAAGCCGUUACUCUCGGGACAUACUCAAGUUCAGAGAGCAUAUUUACGAUAGAGCAGAGUUUUUAUCGGAAUCAUGGAUUCUGUAGCGUCGCGUCACCAAAGAUAAGCUCGACAACAGCGACGCCGUUGAAGCGGUCAUCGGAAUGAGUGAUGAACAUUUACGAAUUGAAUUAAUGAAUGCCCGUGCUACUUCAGUGCCUGAGUUAAUUUCUGUUGCAUCAUCUAUUCGUGCUAAACGUCCUAGUCAGUUUAAUUUUUUGAAUCAACCACCGAGUAAGAGAUCUAGGUUUUCCAUCGAUAAUUCUCGGUAUUGCGAAUUGUGUAAGAAACGUCAUUCUUCAUUUUACUGUCCUUUUAAAAGAAUACCUUCAAACAAUUUUAACCCUAGUAAUGUCUCCAGUAAUUCAGUAGUACCAUUAACCGCUCAGUUAAAUACCAAUAAAUCUUGUACUUUUUGUAAACGUGGGGGUCACACUUUUGAAACUUGCUAUAGGCGCGAAAAGCAAAUUAAUUUGAAUGUGAAUUCGAUAUCAAAUAAUAAACUAAAUUUAAAUAAUAGGGGUUAAAGUAUGAAAUUGCCGUUUUAUUGCAAUAGGUUUUUUGAAUUGACAUAGAAUUUUCAUGGUUUGAGGUUUUCGAAUGAAACUUUUUUCAAAUGGUUUCUAUGAUGUUCUUUUUUUAAAAAAUGUGAAACAUUUGAAUAUCGGCUUUCAAUUGUUUUUGUUAUUCAAUUUAGACAAGAAAGAUGGAUACUGCGAAAAUUCGAGUGAUUUUUGAAUACGAGUUCCGACGCGGAACUAACGCGGCAGAAACAGCCCGCAAUAUCAAUGCUGCGUUUGGAGAGGGGUUUACUAAUGAACGCACCGUGCGAUUUUGGUUUAAAUGCUUGAUGGAUAUUUCGACUUAAAGAAUGAGCCACGAGGAAGACCGCCCACACAGGUGAAUAACGAUGAAUUAAGAGAGAUAGUGGAAGCCGAUCCUAGUCAAACUACCCAGGAAUUAGCGGCAUGGUUUAACGUUACCUUACCCACAAUAUUGCUUGCGUCAAUAAAAUAAAAAAAAUACGAAAAAUGGGUGCCUCAUGAUUUGACUGAUCUGCAGAAAGAAACGCGUGUUGAAACUUGUAUUGCCUUGUUGACCCGGUACAGAAAUGAAGGAAUAUUGGAUCGAAUUGUAACAUGUGAUGAAAAGUGGAUUCUUUAUGAUAACCGGAAAAGAAAAAUGCAAUGGCUGACCCCAGGUCAAAUGCCACAACAGUGUCCUAAAGCAAAACUUACCAAUAAAAAGGUAAUGGUAACUGUUUUGUGGUCUCAGCAUGGUGUUAUUCACUAUAGU